GCGUUGCGCGGGCCCGGGAGGGCGGAGUCCAUGCAGGCGCCGGCCGAGGGAGGGGGCGCGGUGGCUCUGGAGUCCAGCGCUCCCUCAGGCCGUGGACGUGAUGCUGGCUGCUGCGGGUCAGGCGGUGGGGCUGGCGGGGAUGUGAUGGGCGGCCCCUCGCCUCACCUGCCGUCCUUGGGCCUGUAGGUCGCUGGGCGACCCGCAGCCGGGCAGAGGAGGCAGUGCGACCUCCGCACGAUUCUGUCAAAUUUUAAGAACAAAUGCACCAUAUAGCUCAUGGAAGAAAAAACACAAAUCAAGACUUUUUUGGGUUCCAGGUUGCCAAAGUAUGGAACAAAAUCUGUAAGAAGUACACUGCAGCCAAUGCCAAAUGGAAAACCUGUUAAUUUAUUGGGAACGUCAAAGAGUAGCAACAUCAAAAGUUUCAUCAAAAAUAAUGGCUCUGAUUGUUCAUCGUCCCAUUCAUUCAAUUGGAGAACGGCAAAUAAAUACCAGUUUAGUGCACAAAGUCCUGAGGAACCUAACAAUACUCAGAGUUCACAUGAUAAAGUAAUUGAUCCUGAAAAACAUGUACCUACUCAAGGAGUAUUUGAUAAAAAUGGGAUAAAGGGAGGUUUGAAAAGUAUCUCUUUAUUCACAUCAAAAUUAGCGAAGCCAACAACUAUGUUUGUGUCAUCUACAGAGGAGUUAAAUCAAAAGUCUUUGUCUGGACCAUCUAAUUUGGGUAAAUUCACCAAAGGCACAUUAUUAGGAAGGACUUCGUAUGCUUCAGUCAGUGCUCCAAAAUCACAGUUGAAUGGAUUUUAUGGAAACCGAUCAACUGGUAGCAUACAAAGGCCUAGAGCAAACUCCUGUGCUACCAGAAGCAGUUCUGGAGAAAGCUUAGCACAAUCCCUAGAUAAUAUUAAAUCUCUUGCUUGUGAAAAAAUGGUAAGGUCACAAAGUUUUUCACAUUCCAUUCAGAAUUCAUUCCUUCCACCUUCAUCUAUAACCAGAUCACAUUCCUUCAAUAGAGCUGCAGAUCUUACAAAGCCUUAUCAGAACCAACAGCCACCCAUUAGAGUGCCUCUGAGGUCAAGUAUGCUAACAAGAAAUUCCCGACAGACGGAAGUACUCAAUGGGAAUGAACAUUUAGGGUAUGGGUUUAAUAGGCCUUAUGCUGCUGGUGGAAAGAAGUUGGCUUUACCAAAUGGCCCAGGUGUAACUUCCACUUUGGGUUACAGGAUGGUUCACCCCUCUUUACUGAAAUCUAGCCGACCGCCAUUUUCUGGAACUAUCACAGUUGAUGGUAAUAAAAAUUCACCUGCUGACACAUGUAUAGAGGAAGAUGAUACACUUGUGACUAAAGACAGAGCUGCUAAUAAGGACCAAGAACUAAUUGAAAAUGAUAGUUACAGAACAGAAAAUGACCAGACCGUGAAGCAUGAUGCUAAAAUUAGAUACUUGAGUGAUGAUGUGGAUGACAUUUCCUUGUCUUCUUUGUCAUCUUCUGAUAAGAAUGAUCUAAGUGAAGACUUUAGUGAUGAUUUUAUAGAUAUGGAAGACUCCAACAGAACUAGAAUAACUCCAGAGGAAAUUUCUCUCAAAGAAGAAAAGCAUGAAAAUGUACCACCAAAGGAUAUAUUUGAUUCCCCUAAGGAAAAUGAAAAAUCCUUCAUUAAAACUGAAGAGUGGAUAGAUAUAAGUGUCUCUGACAGGAGUGAAUGUUCAAAACAUACUUCUGGAAAUAACUUGAUCUCACCAGAUACAGAUUACAGAGCUGGUUCUUCGUUUGAACUCUCUCCAUCUGAUAGCUCUGAUGGGACAUACAUGUGGGAUGAAGAGGGCUUGGAGCCCAUUGGAAAUGUCCACCCAGUUGGGAGCUAUGAGUCCUCUGAAAUGAACAGCAUAGAUAUUCUGAAUAAUCUUGAAUCAUGUGACCUUGAAGAUGAUGACCUUAUGCUUGAUGUGGAUCUGCCUGAGGAUGCACCUCUUGAGAAUGUGGAGUGUGACAAUAUGAACCGCUUUGACCGAUCAGACAGAAAUGUUCGGCAGUCUCAGGAAGGAUUUUGGAAAAGGCCACCCCAGAGGUGGAGUGGACAGGAACAUUACCACCUCAGCCAUCCUGACCACUAUCAUCACCAUGGAAAAAGUGACUUGAGCAGUAAAUUUCCCAGCUUUUGCCAAAGGGGCUCUAUGUGUGUGUCCAGGGAUGCCUUCAACAACCUGAUAAGCAGUUUGCAGCACUGCCUUGGCCUUCAUUUCCUGCUUGCUCAGAGUCUCAAGGUCAGCCAAAGAGGCUCUCCUUAUAGAGAAUCUCCUUUGGGUCAUUUUGAAAGCUAUGGAGGAACCCCCUUUUUCCAGGCUCAGAAGAUGUUUGUAGAUGUACCAGAAAAUACAGUGAUACUGGAUGAGAUGACCCUCCGGCACAUGGUUCAGGAUUGCACCGCUGUAAAAACUCAGUUACUCAAACUGAAACGGCUGCUACAUCAGCAUGAUGGAAGUGGUUCAUUGCAUGAUGUUCAGCUCUCAUUGCCAUCCAGUCCAGAACCAGAAGACAGUGAUCAAAUAUACAAGAAUGAAGAUUUGUUAAAUGAAAUAAAUCAACUUAAAGAGGAAAUAAAGAAAAAAGAUGAAAAAAUCCAACUAUUAGAACAUCAGCUUGCAACUCGGUGUAACUGCAACCAAAAAUCUAAAGAAGAAAAAUGUACAUAUGCUGAUAAAUAUACCCAAACACCCUGGAGAAGAAUUCCUGGUGGGUAUUCUGCUCCCUCCUUCUCUCCUUGGCAGGGCUCCUUCCAAGGGAUCCCACGGACUGUUCCGCCGCACCGCAGACAGAGUGAGUCUGUGUCUCUCACUCCUAUCCUGCUCUGGCUUCCUGUUCAUGGAGUUGAGAAGUUAGUCCAUUACUUCUCUGACAAAGCGUGCCUCCAGUACUACAGCCUUCCAGCAGCCUUCCCAGACCCACAGACCACGCCCAGGGAAAACUAAUAAAGCCGCAACAUAUCGAGGCCCACAGUGAGUGCACAGUCCAGAGCAAACAUCAGGGUGUUGCACAUCUGGACGAAGGCUUUACACAUGGCUUGCAACAGGAAAGCAACCAUGGUCUGGAAGAUCAGCCUUUUUCUCCGAGCCCGCUAUUCACUAAGGAUGUGGUGAAGAGUACACCUUCUGAAGCAAACUUGAACAUGACCACGAAUUGUCAAGAGCCUUAUCAUUUGGCAAAUGAUCAAAUUAAUGACAUGCAAGUUGUACCCACUUCUCUUCAGACACUUCCCCCGUCAAGUACAGUAGACCAGGCUAAGAGAGUUGGAAGAAAUCAAACUUUACCAGAGGGCUACGCAUCUCAGCCCAAGUCCUUGCAUCUUUUGAAGCCAUCCAUCUUAAAUUCUUUGGUACCUCCUCCAGUUCCUGAAACAUCUCCAGGUAGGACUCCCACUUGUAAGAAGUCACCAACAAUCACACCAGAUAAUUCAGCAAAACUUCAGCCAACCUCUAGUCAAACAAAUCUUGCAAAUAAUCCAAAUCCAAAAGUAUCUAAGCUCCGCCCCCCUUCUGGCUCUUUCAAACAAAAACAAAUAAGCAACCCCCGCCUAGAACCUCAAAACUUCCAGGCCAAGACAAGCAUCCCAAGGCCACUGACAAGAAGAAAAGAAAUCAUGCAGAAUACUAAUGACAAUUUGAAUUCUGGGGAUUGUUUGGCCUCUAAUCAAUAUUCUCGUCUUCCUAAACCAAAGAUACAUUAAAUACAUAGCCAUCACCUGCCAAUUUAAAAAAAUCAACAACAAUCUGUUCUGUACUAGCUUUAUGUGCAGUUUGCUACCAUGAUGGAGGUUCCUUUGAAAGCUUGCAAAUCUUAAAUUAAAAUGUGGAAGCUUCUUCUAGUUCGGCUCUUCCAUUUAUAUCCUGGUUGAAGUACAUAGCAUUUGAGCAUAUUUGUCUCAGGUAAACAAAAAGUUUGCUUACCCACUCACAAGUCUACAGAAGGCUCUAAUCAUGUUAUCCAUCUCUCUGCACAUUAGAAAAUUCAUAAUAUUCCAUUUGGUGGGCAACAGAUGUGCUUUGCUGAUCUAGUCCUUUUAAGGUCUGUGUUAAUUGUGGUUCUGAGAGCCUCACCCUUUUCACUUGUCCCUCCUGUGAAUAUGGUUACUAUUUUAACUAAAGAUUUGAUGAUAAUGGAAAAUGGUAGUCUGUAAACAGAGUUCUGGCCAGUGAUUUGUAUAUAUAAAAGGUCUAUGCAAACGCUCUGUGAUGAAUAAAGGAGAUCGGGCUUUUAAUGGGAAGUUUAUGUAAAUUUUAUUUUUCUUUGCUCUCUAGUCUCAAUAUUUAUUUGUUUACCAAACAAAUUCUCCAGGCUACAAUGUUUCACAUUUUAUAUAUAUAUAAAUAUAUAUAAACAUAUCAAUUAUAUGUUGCUUUAACAUUUUGUUUUACACACACACACACACACACACCCCAUUUGUGUUUGUUUUUACUGGAUACAUUUGGGAAAGCUUGAGUGAGGAUACAUCUUGAAAUCUGAUCUAAAGAUGUAUUCUUUUGUAACAUACGUUGGUGCUAGAGUUUUGCUGGUAAUUCCAUUUUGAACCCUAUAGGUUUAUGGAUCCAUGAUAGCUGUUUAAGGUUCCACAGCAUAUAUUUUAAAUUAAGUGUUUAUUGUAAUACUUAUAUUUAUUGACUUUCUGCUAAUAUCUGAAGAUUGGAAUAAUGGACUUGAAAUGUUUGCACAAAACAUAGGGAUUUAAAACUAUUUUCUAUAGCAAAAUGAGUUAAAAUAUUUUGAGUAUAAUUAUAAAUUUAAGUAAGACUAUCUUGAGAAAACUGGAAUUUGUAAUUGUGUUUUUCUGAGUUUUCCAGGUUUCCCUUUUAUGUUUGUCCGUGUUUGAAUAACAGUUUCUUGAAAAGUAGAUUUGGGAAGGAAAAUAAAAUUGGAAAGGGAAAUUGCAUUUUAUUAAAAGGUUUUAAAAGCUAUUUCGAUGGCAAUAUGCUUACUUGUUUUAGUGUGCUAAGAAGGUAUCUGUGGAACUGCCAAGGGACCACACACACUAACCUAAUCGUGCUGUGGGCCACUCAUCAGUGGUUCAGUGCACUUGCCCUCUCCUUCUUCCAAAUCAUGGCAUCUCUAGGCUGUUCACCUGUUACUGCUUUCAUUAGAAUUAAUGUAUUUCAGACAGAUAGUAUUUACAAAGUCAGUUUUGUUGUCAUCAACUGACCAAAAAUUUACCAAAAGAGAUUAUGGCCAAAAAGUCACUCAAAUUUCUAGGUUCCCUAUGAAAAAUGUACAUCAUCCCUUUUUCAAGAAGCAGCACAGCAGGUGCUUUAGUGGAGAUUUGGAAAGAGGUGUUUACCAUUUUGAUGCCAUCUUCCCUUACCCAUUGGGGAACCACUUGAGUAAACUCGCCAUUCACUGGAUACCAGCCAUUCUUGGCUUUGGUAACAGGUGGGUAACGAAUCUUGUAUCAUUCUUUCAUCUAAUAGCACUUCUGCUGCAGAAGCACUAAAGUUUAGAAAGUUUUUCACAUAGUCCAGGUAUCAUUAGUAUACUAAGUGAUCAGACAUAUCAGGAAAGCUUCUUUUCCUCGCAAGGGGGAGCAGUAAUAGUUGAUGCUGUAAGUGGGUACAUGUAGUCUUUCAUUUUGAAGGAGAAAGAAAACUGAUCUCAGAUACUGCUAAUGGGAUGUUUCCCUAAAGUAAAACAUACUGCUUAGUAGGCUUUGGUUUAUUUAGAAAUUGAUAUAGACUCUUGUGAAACAUCAUUUACAAGUAACCCUUUAUCUUGAGGGGAAAAGUGUUAAAUUUUUACUUGAUUUUUAACCCCCUUAGUCUGAGGGGAAUGUCUUUGUGUGUUAAAAAUGUUUCUCCUGCGAUGUGUUUAUUCUAGUUCUUCUCCUGAUCUAUAUUUUUCUCCCUGAUGAAUUUUCAGAAAUAUUAAUCCAUCAGUUCAAUUCCUCUGUACCUCUGUUGAGCCUUAAUCUUGGCAGAAGGCUCAUCAAUACAAUAUAAUUAUGAAGCAUACUAUAUUUAAGAGAAAAAAAUCUAGAUGUUUGUGUGAAACAAUAAAAUAUUUGCCUGCAGUUUUAUUUAAAAACUGCAAGAAUAUUAUGCUUCUCUGCUCCUUAGUAAAGUUAAGUUAGAAGUGAGGUGGAGAUGUGGCUCACUGGAAUAAUCAGAGAUCUCUCCCAGAUUUGGCUUCAUCUCUCUUUAGUGCUUCUACCCAUCAACUCUGUGCCAAAUCCUUCUCCACGGGAACUCAGAUCACUUUUUAUUCCUUGGUUCUUGUGAUUUCAGUGAAGAUGGUUGCAGUGCAAGAGUUCCAAAUCCUGAGGAAGAAGUCUUAACGGGUGUUGAUGAAGCUUCACAUCUGUGAAAGAGAAAAUAGAGUAUGUGGAAUACAUUUGGCUGUUAGUGGGAUGCAUAUCAAAUUCCUUAAAGACAGCUUGGCCUAAGGAGUUAAUCAGUAUAAUAAGUGCAGUUGAUUUUAAGGCAUUAAAGGAUUACAUAGUUAUUUAGAAUGUUUCUAAUAACUGAGACCCUUCUAGCACUUUUCUUUUGGAGUCUUUUAAUUUGUGCAAUAUUUUCAGGCAUAUAGACUACUGUUCAUUGUAUUUAUAUAGAUAUUAGGGAACUUUAUUAAGUAUUUUAACAAGUAAAAAUCUGAAUCUGAAAGAAAAUAUCAGAUUUGCACUUUAAAUGAGCUGAAUUGCUUGGAGUUGUGCCUGAAAUAUCGAAAUGCCUCCUAUUGGGUGUGGCUUUCUUUGUUGAAAUGAAUUUCUAUGUAUUGUUGCUGUUUGAAGUACAGCCUCUCACAGUUAUAUCCUAAGCAUGUCACUUUUCCCAUUAAAGCACUAAGUUCUUUGAAUGUUUCAUUGUCCCCUUAAGUAUUUUAUUCAAAUGCAUCAGAGAACAUGAUCCCCCGUAGCUGUCACUUCUUAAUCAUCUUGUAGCAUAGAUGGUGUAACAGACACAGAGAUGCACUCUUCAUUUCUGAGCAGAGUUGUCCUGAUGGUUUCCUGGUCUGUAGGGCACUGAGGAUGGAAUUUGGGAUCACUAAGUAGGCUUGCAAUGAAGAGCGGUAAGACUGCAGCAUAGUUUCAGUUUAUUCUCUUACAUAAUAGUUUUCGUGUUUAUGAAUUAGUUGGGGUGGUUAUGUUUGCAUGCUUAUGCACACACUUGAACAUUAAUUAUAGCUGUAAUACAAAUAACCUGAUGUUUUUCCUUGGGGAUGAUGGCCUUGCUAUUUUUCUUAAUUCCGAUGCCUGAAUUAUAUUUUAAAAUUUUCUUUCCACACCUCCCUUCAAUUUUUCUGCUGCAGUAUUUGAAAGAAAUGUUCGGAGAAAUGAUUUUGAUGGUGAGCACAGAUCUACAACUGUACUAGUAAUUAAAGAUACAUCAUAUGUUGUAACCUUGUUGGGAAAAAGCUACUCACUUUCUCCUUGGUAAAGCAUCACCAUAGCAAAAUAAUACUGACCUUAAGAAUUUAAAAUCUCUUAAGUCAUUACUGACAAAAGACAGAAACACCAUGAUCUUUAAUAUCUGCAGUAUUGUUUUUCCCAUUGAUUUAAAAAGUUCAGAAUAAAUACUGUAUAUUAGAAUUUGCUUGUAAAGUGAAUUAUAAAAACUGGAUGUAAAGUCUCUUUCCUGAAAAUGUUGGCAUAGUAAAUAAAAAUAAAGUUCAUAAUUAUAAGUUUCCUUGUCCUCAA